UAUUAAAAAAAAGUAAUGCAUGGCAAUCACAGGCAGUCAUGUUAUAGUUUUGAGAGAAGUGGGCCGAUCGGAGCGGGGUCGGCACAGGACUACGAUGUUACGGACAUCCAAUGCACAUUCGCGAGCGGGGCUACCGGGACCCGUGAUUCUGUAACGGCGUUGUUGCGGAAGCCCGAAGGGUUCAGGGGGGCGCCACUGUUCGCUGACGACCGCUCCACAGAUCCUAUCGUCGACCCAUUUUGUCAAAUACGACCGGAGCUAAACGACCCCACCAACUUGCUCUACAGACUUCAAAUCACUGACUUCGCGAGAUGUGGCGUUUUGAAAAGAAAUGGCUUCGUGCACGUGCGGGUGUGGUUCCCUCAGUUCCCGGGCGUGGUGAUGCAGUCAGACCAGGAGCUGAUCAUCAUGUGCAAACCUCCGGAGCCCACCAUCAUCGAGAAUAAGGCGGCAGGCUUCGCUGGCAGUUUUCCUCACGGAGCGCGCGUGUCGGGCGUGGUAGAGGAGACUCCUGGCCGGCUGGAGUACGAGGUGGCGCUGUACAAGGAGGCACCACCUGUCUCACGACACACCAACCAAUCGGUAGACGUACCGCUAGAUCAGGCUGUUCCCAUCGGCACGAAGUUGCAGCUGCGUGCACGCAUCAACCCGGAUUCCGCGUGGCAGCACAUCAAGCUGCUGGAGGUGGCGGUCUCCCCCGACCCCGACCGCCCGCACGCCACCGGCGCCGUGCUUCUCGUCAAAGAUGGGUGUCGCAACCGCGACUUCGCGUCAAUAAUCCCGCACCAGCCGGCGCGCUACCGCGAGCGACACAACGAGCGAUCAUUGCCGGACAGUAUGAGGAACGUGAGCAGCGAAGGAUUAUCUGCGGAUAACAACUCGACACCGUACACCCGCUUCAAGGAGAAUCUGGAGUAUACAGUGGUGAUGCCGGGCGAUAUGUUCUACCGUGCGCCGAUCGUCAACAGCUGCAUGGCAUCCACGAUGUUGUCUACCCUGCUCGGCUUUCUGCUCCUAAUGUCCACGCUAUGCAUAUGCGCUAUCAUUGCCAGAUACAAUUCGACAAUGGCAAAGAACAGAAAUCUUCAGUCUCCGUCGAUCAAAGGGUUCGAGAUGAUCCUGAGGGAGUUGGCGCACCAUUCGAUGCCCGAAUCUGGUUACGCCGGCCGUCCCACCGUGCAGUGACCUAUUGCCAUUAUAGAAUAUUCGUAUGCUAUUCAAAGAAGAUAUGAAACGCAAGAAUUAUAUUGAAAAAUCGAUGUAAAGAAUGCUUUAAGGUUUUAAAUUAAUUUGAUAUUCAAAUAAUUUUAGGGUUACCUAACAUACUGAAAUGAUUUAAGAUGUUGCUCAGAAUAGCCAAAUCCAAUUAGUUUUUAAAAAGAUAAUUUUUCACAAGCUGAUAUUUUCCUUGAUGAAGGGCUAAGGACACGAUUUUUUCGGUCCUUUGUAAAUGUAGCACAUUCCAUAUUUUUAAAACAGACUAGUUUGUACACGUACUUAGUAAUUUAUAUAAUUUCAUAAGCUUUUAGUUUUUAUAGGUUUGUUGGUGCGUUCACCAAAAACUUGUUUUAGUAUACGUUGUAAUUUUACUUUGCAGAGUUCUCAAUGAUUUCCGUAACUUAUGCUUGGAAUAUUUAUUAAGCUAUAGAUUGAGUAACAAAUGUUUAAAAUACCAGUAUUUCAUAUUUCUAGCGUAUUUUAUCCAAAAUAUACAAAUAAAUAAAUAUAUUUAUAUGAUAUACACAGGUAUUCCAUAUCCAUUUUAAUGGAAAUUUUUAAUUGAUAACGUUCGGAAAAGCCUACAAUAUUUAAAAAUAUAUUAUACGAUACGAUAUUUUAUAAGAAGGUAUAUCA